AUGAAAGCAAACAUCGUCAUCUCGGUACUGGCCGCAGCCGUCACCGGCCUCAAGGAGCAGCGCCAUGCUCGGGACUGGGAUCUGUCUCAGCCCAUGAACGGUAUCACGUUCGAGAGGGUCAAAGCCAUCUCCAUGGCCAAACCUGAUCGCCCAACUCCCCGUUUCUCUCGCCUCAAACACGUCGGAGGUAGCAGAGGAAAGCACGGCAUGGUCUCUGCCCUCGGACGUGCUCUUCGCGCCACUCCUGGCACAGUCAAGCAAACCUUCCAGAACAUCUCGUCAGUCGGUGCAUACGCUACACAGUAUGCUAUUCAAUGUGGCUGGGACGGAAAACCCGUGUGGCUGCUUUUCGAUACUGGCAGCUCAGAUACUUGGGCGGCCAAGUCAGACUUUGAAUGUGUUGACAGCCUCGGCAAUUCUCACGACCAGGCUCUCUGUGGCUUUGGAACAUCGCUGAUUGACGAUUUCGGCCAGGGUCCCAUCGAUGAGCUGCACUUUUUCCUCAAAUAUGGCUCUGGAGAGAGGAUUUCUGGCCCAAUGGGCUACUCCGACCUCAGCUGCGGCGGAAUCUCUGUCUCGAAGCAGCAAGUCGGCCUUGCAAACAGCACGUACUGGCGUGGCAACAAUGCCACUGUCGGUAUCCUGGGCCUUGCCUACCCAUCCAUCACCAGCGCCUACUAUGGCGCUAUCGGAGAUGAGGCUUCCUGGAACGCUAUUACUUAUACGCCUUUCCUUACCAAUGCAAUUAUCCAGGGCGGUCUCGAUCCUGUAUUCAGCGUGGCCCUUUCCAAAAAUUCUUCUGACGGCGUACUUGCUUGGGGUGGCCUUCCUCCCAUCGACUGGGUGCGAGGUGUCUCUGCCUCGACGGAUCUUAUUGUCGCAAAUAUUAUCGACCAAGCGGAAACUGCAUGGAAGUAUUCGUUUUAUACCAUCAUCCCAGAUGGCGUGCGCUGGGGCCAGACCACAGACACGACCAGAUAUCCUUUUAUUGUCGACACGGGCACCACGAUGAUGUACCUUCCUCCUCAAGCUCUCGCUGAAGCCAUCGCCAUGUCGUUCCAGCCCCGCGCCGUUUACCUUUACCAAUGGGGCAUGUACUUUGCACCAUGCAACUCGAUCCCGCCAAGCUUUGCAGUUACCAUUGCAGGCGUUGACUUUUGGGUCAACCCGGCAGACAUGAUUUACCAGGACCUGGUCGAUCCACUGACCGGGUACUGCGCCAUUGCCGUGGCAAGCGGUGGGCAAGGGCCAUACAUUUUGGGCGAUGCCUUUUUGCAGAAUGUGGUGGCCGUCUUUGACGUGGGAGCAGCUGAGAUGCGCUUCUACUCGCGGUAA